AUGGAAAGGAAAAAGAAAAAUUACGAAAUGGUGGAAGAAGGUAAUCUGUGCGAGUCAGGAAAAAAACCAAGAAACUCAGUUGACCCACUACGCAAACUCAAGGAAGAGAGAGAGAAGCUAAUCCAGUGGUCCAUAAAAUUAAAAAAUAAUAACUCCUCUUUUUUAAGUUCUGAAAAGCUUGAUAAGGAAAAGUGUGAAGAGCAACACUCAAGUGAUGAUUCGUUUGGAGAAAAUAGAAGACGAAAAGAAAUUAUUCAAAAGAGUAUUCAGAAAAACAAAAGAGAAGUUCACACAGAUCCCUAUUAUUAUUUUGAUAAGGAGAAGGAAGAAGAAGGGGAAAAGAUAGCUAAUAUGGGAAGACUAGAAAAGGAAAAAGCAAACAGUACUAGUGCAGUUAAAUUUCACAUACAAGGGGAUAUGAACAAUAAUAAAAGCCUCCUUGUCAAUGUUAGUAAUUAUAAUUUACAAAACUUACAAGAUUUAGAACAAGAGCCUUCCAUGAGUGAAGAGAACGAUUACCUACUUCCUAACACGAGAAAGAAUAAAGUCAGGUUAAAAAGAAUAAACAAAGAUAUUUAUAAAGAAGAUAAUCAUAAUCAAUUGGAUGGGCAAGACAUAACUAAAACGGUUUUUACUGAGAGAAUUUUUGAUAAAAAAAAAAAAAAUGCUAACAACAAGCUCCAUUACAAUUUUAGUACUGACAGUUCGAAUAAAUCUGUAUAUACCAAAUCUUCAUACAACAAUAUUAAGACAAAAAUUAGUAAUGGGUACUCAAAAAAUGAGUCUAAUAUAUAUUCUAAGGAUUCAUUAUUUAAAAAAACCACGGGUAUAAGGGGAGAAGACUCAGAUAUAACGGCCUCAAUAGGGCGAAAUAAGAAAGAAGUAUCAUAUUCCAGCAGUCAUGACACGCAUAACCCUUUUGGGAAUAUCAACAAUAAUAGCAGUAGUAGAAGCAGCAGCAACAGUAAUUACAACUACAACUACAACUACAAUAACGAUAACGAUAACGAUAACGAUAAUCAUAAUGAUAAUCAUAACGAUAACCAUGGUGGCCAUAAUAAAAAGAGGAUAAAGCUAACAAGAAGGACAAAAAGAACAAACAAGAACAGCCACGCUUCUCAUUCCUUGAACUUAGGCACUAUCAGUGACAACAGUAAUAGCAAUAGUAAUAAAAAGAGUAGAAAUAAUAUUAAGAGCAGCAAUAAUGCUAACGGUACUAAUUAUGUUAACAAUAGUAACAAAUGUAUCAGUAAUAAUAGUGGUAGCUGUAAUAAUAGUGGUAGCUGUAAUAAUAGUGGUAGCUGUAAUUACAAAUCUUCUAGCGAAAGUGUAAAAACGUUUUUGCUACCCCCGUCCCGAAUCAACUCAAAGGACAAUUCGUCUUGCACAACUUUACUGUCAAAUAAUAAUGACACUACAGAUACUCAUAGACAUGUAAAUGGCACAAAAUUAAAAUAUAUACAGUCUAAAAAGUUGGCUAGCUUUUUAAAAGAAAAAGUACAUAUAUUAGAAAAUAAAGAGGAGGUGUUAAAUGAUAAAAUAAAAGAUCUACACGAUAAUACAUACACUUUAAUAGAUGCUAAGGAGAAAGAUAAUUUAACUAUUCAACAUUAUGAAAUGCUAAUAAAAAAUUUAGAAGCGAAAUAUAACAAAUUAUUUAAUAUGUAUCAAGAAUUAGAUGAACACCGUAUAUCAUAUGUUGAUGCAUACAGAGAGAAACAAACAAAGAUAGAAAAUUUAUGUGCUAUUAUGCAAAUAAAGAGUGAAGAAAGUUUAAAAAUAACAGAAGAAAUGAAUAUACUUAAAAAGAGAAAUGAAGAAUUACAAGGUCAAAUUUAUGAGUAUAUAAAAGAUGUAGAAGAGAAAGAAAAUAUUUUAAAUAAAAAGAAAGAACAAUGUGUAACUUUGAAAUAUUCAUUAGAAAAAAGUACACAAGAGAAUGAACAGUUAAGGGAUGAAUUAGAAAAAAACUCAAAAAUAUUAAAUGAUAUGAUAAAACAGAAUGAACAAUUAAAAGAAGAAAAUGAAUCUGUUAAACAUAAAUAUAAAACGAUGGGCAAAAGUACAGACAGUACAGAUAAUUUCUUUAUUCCAAAAAUUGAUAAUUUAUUAUAUAUUCUUAAUAAAAUGUUACAAAUAUUUAAAUUAAAUGAAGAGAGUAUUAUCAAUUAUGCAAACUUUUUUAAGGAAAAUGCUCAACUUAUUGAAGAGAAAUUAUUAAAUAAUGAAAAUCUAUGUGAUGAUUUAAUUCGUCUAUUAGAUGUUAAUUUUAUGGAACCCAUAGUAAAUGUAGUGAAACAACGGGAAAAUGAAUACUUGGGACAAAAAAAAAAUAUGGAAAUUAUGUUUGAUGAUGAAAUAUUAAAAAUGUAUGAAUCAAAUAUUAACAAUAUUGAACUAGCUAAUAAAUUCAUUGAUCAAUUAAAAAAUAAAUUAACAUCAGUAACCCUUCAGAGAAAUAAUUUAAAAAAAAAAACAUUAUUAUUUUCUAAUGCCCAAGGUCGAUUGAAUGAUAAGUCAAUAUUUAAAGAGCUCACAAAAAUGAACAAAGGCACGACAAUAUAUAAAUGCAAAUAUUUCAGCUUUACUCAUAAGCCAGUCUUACUAUACAUGAAGAUGGUUGAUAACCGGUUCAUUACGUGGACGAAAAAUGUCAAGGAAAAGAGGGGCUUCAAAAAGAAGAAUCUCAUAGACAUGAAGGAUGUCACAUCAAUAGAAUAUGGCUUAAAUAGCAGACCUGUGUAUUGGCUGAUUGAAAAGCAAAACAAGAAAAAACUGGAAAAUAAAAAAAUUAAAUUAAGUCAGUUUUAUAACAAUGCAUACAGAAUUAAUCCAUAUAAAUGUUUCACACUGCGUACGAAGGAAAGAACUUAUGAUUUUUUUUCAAACGAUGAAGAAGUUAUUGCAACAUGGGUAAUAGGAUUGGGUAAUAUAACCUAUAAAUACAAUAAAACUUCUAACAUACAAUCGCGGUCUGAGUUUAUUGUUAGAAAAGUUCAACUUAAAUUAAAAUUAUACUGUAUAAAAAUGAACAUAAAUUAUACUGUACUGUGGAAGGAUGCCAUUCGAAAAACUCAAGAACAAAUGUUAAAAUGA